AUGUCUGAGGAGUCGGCUGAUGUCGCAUUAACAAUAACAAAUUCCAUAUUAAUCAUCACCUGCAUCGUGGGAAACUUUUUCGUCUGUGCUGUAGUGAUGAAAAAUCGACAAAUGAGGUAAACUUAAACUAGCAGUUGCCAACCUGAAUACCUGAUCGUAUUUAUAGCAAAGGCGCAUGAUGGAUUAGUAAAACGCAGAAAGUGAUUUUAAGAAUAUCUCCAGGGGUUGUUGACUUUAUGCACGGUUUGACUUCAAAGGUUUAUUUUUGAGAUCAACCAAAACCAGUUGAAUUACUUGAGAACGACUCUUUCUUAAAAAUCCCACUGGAGCUUCGCUUUUAGCCUUGGCUAAAACGAUAUAUUACCAGUAAUAGCUGACCAUAUUAUUCCACAGGACACCCAUCAACUAUCUACUUGUCAACCUGGCAGCAGCGGACAUCUGUUACGUCACAUUUAUUACACCAAGUAUUAUUUUAAGCCACAAUGUCGACCAUCCAAAGGGGAUCCCUGGAACAGUUUUAUGCGCAGUUGUAACAGGGGGAGGAUUAGCAUUUACUGGAGCGGAGGCCUCAAUAUUUACACUGCUUGUUGUUGCCUUUGAACGAUACUUUGCCGUUGUACAUCCCUAUGGAAACCGCGGAAAGCUAACGUUUCGCAAAGUAAAGGUGUGUUUCUUUGAAAUAAGAUGUUUAUGCAGGAAGAAAUUUGUCAACACAAAGUAGCCUUGUUUUUUUUUGUUGUAUCCGAUGGACAUAAGUUACUAAGCGUAACGCUGUCUUUUGAAAGACAGCUAAAUAAACAGGCUUGCCUUCGUGGUAUACACAAAAAGAGGAGGGGUAGGAGAUGAGGGAGAAAAGCGCGACAGGGAAAAGGGAAGGAAACCCUUACACUCUCUCCCCAUCUCCCCGACCCCCGCCACCCUUUUUCCUUCCUCCCAAUCCCUACCACUUUCGACCCCUGCUACGCAGGCUAUAGGCCUUCUUCCUCGCUCGUCUAUAUAUGCUGGCUCGUGGCUGGCACGUGUUGAGGCAAACUGAUUGAGAAACAGGUAGACACAUCGCGAGCAGAUCUGAUGGGGAGGGUUGCGGAUGGUGUCCUGGUCUCGCCUCUCCAUUCUCAGAGACGAACUUUGUAUCUGAGACAUUUUUUCUUCUCGGCAAAAAUAACUGACUUUUAGAUGUGUGAUUCACGUUUUUAAAUAUCAUUCUAACUCUUUAUUUUAGGUGAUUAUUCCUGGAAUUUGGAUCCUCGCAGCAAUAAACAAAAUCCCAGGAUUCAUGAAACGGAGCCGUUCUGCGAAGGAAAAUAGUUCUAACUACUGCAUUUCCUUAUUAACUGAGGAAGGCGUAAAGGCCCUCUUUACUGUUUACACUUCAAUUGAUUCUGCUCUGUUGAUUUUGCUGGUCUUGUUAUACUCCAAGGUGGUGUACACCUUAUGGUUCAAGCACAGUGAUAAUGUACUUACACAUCAUCAACAGGUAUGUGGUAGGUCAUAACUAGGUUUAGCUCUGGAAUAAUACUCAACAAUGCAUUGUACGGGGAGGCUCCCCCUUGAUGUCCGACCCCUUAUCCUUUUAUAUACUAUUUUUGACAGCAGAGGUACCCUUUUCGGGCGGAGCCAGUAUAGGCAAUAGACCUUUUUACCGAUACGGCGGCCAUAUUGAAUUAAUUGGAUGGGAUGCCCAGGGGGCGUGAGAACGAUCAGAUAUACUCGCAUCAGUAUGUACGCGGGCUUUUUGGGCCAAUUUUUCUUUUUAAGUUUUCCUAGAAAAAGAUUGUUAUGGGAAAAAAAGAUCGUUGUGCCGUGUUUCGAUGUAAUAAUGAUAUUCUUGUGAUAAUCUUUUUCUCGAGAAAUAUAAAGUGAAGUUCUCUUGUUGCCCUAAAACCGCGCGUAAAUACUGAGCGAGUGCCCCCUGGGCAUCCCAUAAUACUCCUUAAAUCUAAUAAAUUCAAUAUGGCUGCCGUAUCGGUAAAAAGGUCUGUUACAGGAAGUACCCCCUGGGGUUUACUCCCUCCCUUACGUAUUAAAGUUAUAAUGGUGUGUAUGGCAACAAAGGGUUAUGGUAUUUUGACCAUUAUGGUGUUUCGGGUUUCAAAUAGUGUUAAGUUUCCUGCUUCAUGAUCUUACAGUUUGGAGUCUCAGGUUUAAAUCUUUUCAUUAUACAGAACAAGUUAUUAGGCUUCAAUUCCGGCCAUCUUAAGUUGGACCCAAAAUUUAAGGUUUCACGGUCAUAACAAAGGUAGACAAGAUAAAACAAUCGGUUUUAUAGGUCACUUAUAUUGUACAAUUGAGUAACCUGUGGUUUAUGUAUUUGUUUUGUAUACAGGGUGUGUUGGCGUUAAGGAAGCGGGUCACCUUGAUGGUUGUUUCCAUCAGUGCUAUUCUUGUAAUCUCUUGGGGGGGCAGACAGAAUAUUGCACCUGAUACACGAAUAUGCUGA